CCAUUUUCCCCGAGAACUGGUGAACAGUUCAGUGAUUCUCACAACCCCAUGGGGUUGAGUGCCCGAGCUCUGCUUUCCUCUUUCCCUUCCACUCCAAAAGCUCCUUCUUCAUCUAUCUCCGUUUCCAGAAAAUCUAUUGAUGUUAAGCACUUAACUGCCCAUACCUCUUUGUUUUGGCUGCGCUCACCGUCGCCCCGACCGCACUUUCAUGUUUCCGCGCGAAGUUCUGGCGAGAGGGAAGCUGGGAAAGUCUGGGAAGGCAUCAACGUACCUGACUCGGUGAAGUUUGGCGAUGUUAGGAGCGACGUCGUCGUUGAGAAGGAGGAAUUGGAUAAUGUGGGCCCAUGGUGGGAGGAGUUUCCCAAGAGAUGGGUCAUUGUGCUUCUCUGCUUUUCCGCGUUUCUUCUCUGUAAUAUGGAUAGAGUAAAUAUGAGCAUUGCCAUACUUCCUAUGUCAGCAGAGUAUAACUGGAACCCCACCACCGUUGGUCUAAUACAGUCUUCCUUUUUCUGGGGAUACUUGCUCACUCAGAUUGCCGGUGGAAUAUGGGCAGACACGGUUGGGGGAAAGCAGGUUUUGGGAUUUGGCGUUGUUUGGUGGUCUAUUGCCACUGCCCUCACUCCUGUUGCAGCAAAACUUGGAUUGCCCUUCCUACUAGUUGUUCGGGCAUUCAUGGGAGUUGGUGAGGGUGUAGCAAUGCCAGCCAUGAAUAAUAUUCUAUCAAAAUGGGUUCCUGUAGCAGAGAGAAGUAGGUCAUUAUCACUGGUCUACAGUGGCAUGUACCUUGGAUCAGUCACUGGACUGGCCUGUUCGCCAUUUCUAAUUCAUCAGUUUGGAUGGCCAUCUGUAUUUUACUCCUUUGGUUCGUUAGGGACUAUCUGGUUUUCUGUUUGGCUUAGUAAGGCACACAGUUCACCUCUUGAUGAUCCUGAAUUGCGGGAUGAAGAAAAGAAAUUGAUUACGACAAGCAGCUCUUCCAAGGAACCUGUGAAAAAUAUACCUUGGGGCUUGAUUUUGUCUAAAGCGCCUGUUUGGGCUUUGAUAGUGUCUCAUUUUUGUCACAACUGGGGAACAUUUAUCCUUCUGACUUGGAUGCCAACAUAUUAUAACCAAGUCCUGAAGUUCAAUCUCACAGAAUCUGGCCUAUUCUGUGUUUUACCAUGGUUUACAAUGGCUCUUUCUGCAAAUUUUGGUGGUUGGAUUGCAGACACUCUUGUAAGCAGGGGUGUAUCAGUUACAAGGGUUCGCAAGAUAAUGCAAACAGUUGGCUUUCUUGGCCCAGCGUUCUUUUUAACUCAGUUGAGCCACAUAAAUUCUCCUACAAUGGCUGUUUUGUGUAUGACAUGCAGUCAGGGAACUGAUGCUUUCUCUCAGUCUGGUCUAUAUUCCAAUCAUCAAGAUAUAGCCCCACGAUAUUCAGGCAUAUUGCUUGGCUUAUCUAAUACUGCUGGAGUAUUGGCUGGUGUUCUUGGAACGGCAGCCACAGGCUACAUUCUACAGCAUGGUUCGUGGUCUGACGUUUUCAAGGUCUCAGUGGGGCUGUACUUAGUGGGAACUGUGGUGUGGAACCUUUUUUCUACUGGUGAAAAGGUCAUAGAUUAGCUUACACAUGGAUAAUUGCAACUUCACUUGUGGAGAUGUGAUCAAAUCUCUGAGUCCCAAGGAAGCUAGAAACGAAACAAUUACAAGAAGGGGGAAAAAAGGGGAUAAAGAGGAAGCAAGCACGUCUCUCCAAGGCUUCAUGCCAGAUUGCCUGACCAAUACAUAGAUCCACAUUCCUUACAUUUACAGAAAUGAUUGUAUAUGAUACAUUGAGAAAUUGGUGGAGGAAGGAGGGGUAAUGGGCAUACCAUUAUAAGAGGAUGAAUCUUGUACACAAGUCUUUUUUUUGUUUUUUUGUAUGUUUCUCUUUGAUUACAUGAUUACAUGAAUACAUGAAUGGGGUUGAUUCGAUUUACAAAUAAAAUAUUGAGAAAAUUCAUAUCA